AUGGAGAUGCUGGACCUGAGGAAGGUGCCGUCCAUGAAGGGCCAGCCGCCCCGGUUCAACCGGAAAACACAUGACACCCCUAAAAUCAUUGAUGAGGCCUUUGCAUCUCCGGAUGCAGACUAUUGGAAGGAAGCCAUUCGUAGUGAAAUGGAUUCUAUCAUGGCUAAUGAUGAUGGACCUACUUCUUUGGCCCCCCAAAUAAAUGGUUCACCCUGUGAAGAAGAUGAAGAUUCUCAAUGUGCUGAAGCAAUGGGGUCAUGGGUCCAGCUUCCAGUGGACAUCCUUCAUCAGAUACAUGCUCACAUGCUUUUGCAAGAUGCUGCUCGUGCUGCUUGUGUAUCUCGUGGUUUUCUGAAUUCUUGGAGAUGCUAUCCCAAACUUGUCCUUAAUGUUAGUACACUAGGAAUAAACGAAGAUGCAUCUAAAGGUGUAAUGACAAGGGAAUUUAUCAGUAGAGUUGACAACAUUAUGCACAAUCGCACUUGCCAAGGUUUGAAGAUAUUUAAACUUUCAACCUAUCCUUGUUCGAAUCUACACCCUAGUUAUGUUGACCGCUGGCUUCAAGUUGCUAUUAGAACCGGAGUUAAAAAAUUGGCACUACAAAUGACCCGAGGCGACAAGUUUGAGUACAACUUCCCAUGUUCCCUUUUAUCUAGCGAGACCGGAAGCUCAAUUCAGUCUAUUUUCCUUGGGGGUUGUUCCUUUCACUCGGUGGUGCAAGUUGGUUCCAUGAGUAGUAGCUUGACAAGGGUGGAUUUGAAUUCAGUUCACAUUACUGGGGAGGAACUAUCUUGUUUCAUGUCCAACUCUUGUUCUUUGGAGCAAUUGUGCCUUUCGGGUUGUGAUGAUAUGAUUUUCUUGAAGGCACCCUGUCUGCUUUUGCGGCUUAAUCUCCUGGACGUGAUGAGUUGCAUGAUGCUAGAGGUGAUUGACAUCAAUGCACCAAAUCUCUCAACUUUCAACUUUAAUGGGCGUGCAAUACAUAUCUCACUUGGAGCUUCGUUGCAAGUGAGAGAAAUACAAAUUGGUUCUUUCAGUGAGUCUGGUAUGUUAUACCAUGCCAUUACGAGGGUUCCAUCCAUUGCACCAAAUAUCCAAACCCUGUAUCUGUCAACUCGUGACGAGACGGUUAAUACACCAAUGGUGCUUCGUAGAUUCCUCCAGCUCAAGUACUUGGAGAUAGAGCUUUUUACACCAAAUUAUUCCCCGGACUAUGAUUUUUAUUCUCUGGUUUCCUUUCUUGAUGCUUCUCCUGCCCUAGAGACUUUUAUCUUGCGUGUAAGUACUCAUUUAUCCCUGUAUAAGCUAUGA